AGAUAUUGUCUUAGAGUUACUUACCCACUAUUCCAGAAGUGCUAUAUCAAGCCACAGCUAUUUCCUAUACGCUGUGAACCAGAGCUAAACUUCCUCGAUCACGAGACAGAGUUGUGCCGCUUACCUGUGUUGCCUACUGAAGAUUCCAUCUGAGUGUUUGCCAGCAUCCUGCAGAUUAGCUUAGCACAUUGUGCCGCUCGUCCAUUCUGCUGAUUCCUGCUCUGCAAGUAUUUGUUUGCUUAUUUUACAACCUAACAGUUUUCCUCUGACAUUCCUGCUCAGUGACUACUUCCACUUGUUUCCCUGCAUGGCUUGCAGCUAAUAUUUUACUUUUUUAAUUACUCAGUUCUUUGCAGCUCAGUUGGCAACAUGGGUUUCUGCUGUGGUCUUAUUAUUGUGGCAUCAAAAAAACAAGUCCCUCUACGUGGGAUCUCGGUUGAUGUCCAGGUGAAAGGUUUUGUAGCUGAUGUAACUGCAACUCUGAAAUACAAGAAUGUAGAGGAGAAAGCAGUGGAGGCAGUUUUUGUGUUUCCUAUGGAUGAAGACUCUGCUGUUUAUAGAUUUGAGGCUACUAUUGAAGGAAAAACAAUUGUAGCAGAGCUUCAGGAGAAGGAAAAGGCUCACAAAACCUAUGAUGAAGCCAUUAAGCAGGGUCAGCAGGCCUUCCUGUUGGAGGAGGAUCAGAGCUCUGCUGACAUCUUUACCUGCACUGUGGGGAAUUUGCCACCUGGUGAGGAGGCUGAAGUGACGCUGAGCUAUGUGCGUGAGCUACCGCUGGAGGCUGAUGGCGCUGUGCGCUUUGUGCUGCCGGCCGUUCUCAACCCUCGUUACACCCCAAAAGGUGAAGAGCAAAGCGUCACUGCCAUACGUCCUUUCGUGCCAAUAGGUGGAAUCCCAUACACCCUGCAUCUCAGUGCCCACUUCCAGUCUGCAUACGGCAUCUCCGAAAUCAAGUCCAACUGUAACCUCACCCCUGUCGAGUACACUGAUGGGGACAAGACUGCAGCCAAGGUUUCUCUGGCUGAAGGAUACAAGUUUGAACGGGAUGUGGAGCUUCUUGCUUACUAUAAGGAGGUGAAUAAACCUAGUGUCACUGUGGAAGCUGCACUGGCAGAUGCUAAAGCAGGUUCUUCGAUGGCAGACCCAGCCGUCAUGCUGAACUUCUAUCCUAGCUUCCCAGAGAUACAGGAACAAUCUAAUCGGGGAGAAUUCAUUUUCCUUAUGGACAGAUCUGGAAGUAUGGAGUGUCCAAUGUAUUCUGAGCCAGAUGCGCCAAAGCGUAUUGAAAGCGCCAAGGAAACAUUGGUUCUGCUCUUAAAGAGUUUACCUCUCGGAUGCUACUUCAACAUCUUUGGUUUUGGGUCCCAUUUUGAGUCUUUCUUCCCGGAAAGCAUGGAGUACACACAGCAGACAAUGGACGAUGCAGUAAAGAAGGUUAAUGAGAUGGAGGCUGACCUUGGUGGGACUGAAAUCCUACAGCCCUUAAAGAAAAUUUACAAAACAGCUGGAAGACCCGAGCACCCUCGACAACUUUUUGUCUUCACAGACGGAGAAGUUGGGAACACAAAGCAAGUGAUAGCAGAAGUUCAAAGGAACUCAAGUAAUCACAGGUGUUUCGCAUUUGGAAUCGGAGAAGGAGCCUCCACAUCUCUCAUUAAAGGCAUCUCCCGAGCAGCAAAUGGCACCUGUGAGUUUAUCAGUGGCAAAGACAGAAUGCAGCCCAAGGUUCUUAAGGCCCUAAAAUGCUCUCUACAGCCAACAGUUGAUGACAUCUCACUGGAAUGGGCCCUCCCUACUGCACUAGAAGCUGUUUUGCUGUCCAAAACGCCCAGCGCCAUCUUCAAAGGCCAGAAGUCUAUAGUCUACGUUCAGCUAAAGGGGAAGGUGGGAGAUGGAGCAGAAGGAGAAGUUUGUCUCAAAUACAAAUUUAAAAAUGAGACCAUUAAUAAUGUAUUGAAGUUUCCACUUAAGCUGGAGAGUGUGAAAAGACCCACAAUUCACCGUCUGGCAGCGAAGGCUCUGAUCUCUGAGCUGGAGUACGGGACAGAUGCAGACUCAGAGGAAGUAAAGAAGAGGAUCCUGGAAGCCAGCCUCCAGUCUGGGGUGGUCUCCUCUCUCACAGCCUAUGUGGCUGUCAAUAAAGACAGCAAGAAGCCCGUAGAGGGUCCCCCCAUGAGGGUCGAUAUCCCUGCUCCAGGAUUAUUUCAGAAUUCUGCUCGUUUCUUUGCUGCUCCUGGUCUCCGUCUGGGAGGAGGAAUGCGACCAAUGGCAAUGGCUUGCAGUGCUCCAAUGCCAAGGAUGAUGAAGAUGAAGAAAAAAAAGAUGUGUAAUUCUGGAGAACCAGUUGUAUACUCAAGUGACAUCCAAGAUCGGUCCAUUGAGGAACAAGUAGCACGCAAGGCGGUGGCGCCUCCUCUCUACAGAUUAAUAUCACUGCAGAAUGCUGAUGGGUCCUGGAAUCUAAGCUCGGAAUUGGCUUCUGUUUUGGGAACAUCUGAGAAGGAGAUAAUGGCGAAGAAUCCUGCACCGAGCAUUGAUGCUUCAGUGUGGGCCACAGUCCUUGCUGUCAUCUGGCUUCACACGUCCUGUCCUGACCAGAAGGAAGAGUGGGAGCUGCUAGAGGGGAAAGCCCUGGCAUGGGUCAAAACCAAAGCAGGUGCCUCCAUUGGUGAGUUUAUCAAAGCUGGGAAGGAUGUGCUGAAAUGCUCUGUGGACCCUAAAGUGUUCUGUCUGUGAGAGACUCCCUUAAAGAAGAGGAGAAACUCAGCUAAGACUUCACCCUACUGAGUACCAGCUUUAUAAUUACAUUUCAGGGUGUUGAUUUAUCGUUGCUUCUUUAGUUUAGAUAUUUUGUCCUGUUAAAGAUACUGAGAUGAAAUCAAUGGCCUAGAUUCAUAGCUCGUUAGGGUUGCCAAGGCAAAACGAUGUGCAAAAUUCAUUAAACUUUGUUUAACAUAUCUUUUCCAGCAUUUUUGUUAGCGUGCAUUACUGCCAUUAGCAUCUAUAGGUGUUUUAUGUGCCCCAAUACAUUAUAUCUCCCCGAUCAACCAAAGAACAGCUAGUAGCAUAGAAAAGCCGUAAUUACAACUGCAACGCUUAGGAGACAGUUGCAAAAUGGGUUCUGUAAUUGGGUAUAAAAAUAAAAUAUGUACGUAUCUGUUUCAUUAGGGUAACGUAGUCUCACAGAUGUGAACUAGAUGCUGUCUGCGGGAAUUUAACUAAACCUUGUUUUGCAUGUGAAAUUCAUACAGACUCCUUCACACCUGUCCUUUGUCUCACUGUCAUAUCUCACCAUUCCAAAGCUAUAUGUUACAGGGGGCUGUUUUAUAGGAUGGGUGUAUUUUUUGAUACUUUAAUUUGUUUAGUAAGUUCUUGAAGGCAUUUUUGCAAAUUUCUUCUUGGGAAGCACUUCCAGAAGGCACACUGUUGAUUUGUGGACAGGGCUUAUGUGAGAGGGCGAGACUGGGCUUCUCAAAUAUGAGGUCAGGCAUGUCUUGGGUUGCCUUGGGGUUGGGUUGGGCAUGCCAGCUGGAGCUGAUGCAUAUCCUUGACAGAGUGGUGGUGGUAAGCCACCAUUGGAGGGCACAUGGGUGGGCUAUCCAUUAUGCUGGGGGGCUAGGCCCCCCACCCCCCCAGCAACGCCACUGAAUUUUUGUGAUGCUCCUUGAUUUCAAGAAGGUAAUACUUGUGAGACAAAUUUGAUUCUAUUAUUAUAAUGGUGCAGAUUUCACAAGAAAUUUUUACAGAUGUUUGUAAUUUCCACACUUCUUGAGUUGCAAUGUUGUGGAGAGCUUUUAUUAGUUUUUCAAAAUGGGUUUUAUUGAAUCUAGGUCAAUAUUUCUCUUUAUUCAGAUGGACAAUGCAGAAUAUAUAUGUCUUUAUUACUCAUGUACGGCUUAUGUAUUAUGCACUAAAGAGGUUUGAGUUAUAAAAGUGCUACCCAUGGCAAUGGGAAACUAACUUCAUGUACGCAUCUUAUAUCCCAAUGGUAUAAUAAAGUUUUUUUUGACAAUA